AAGCUGAAGGCAUCAGCACAGAUCAGGAUUCGACAGGAAUCAUUUUAAAGCACACCUUUGCAUCUCCAAUAUGUUUGUCCUUUUGUCAUUGUGCUUGAGUGGCCUCCUGCUGCGUGGUGACGCACAGGACCGAGCCGCUCUGUGGAGAGGGAAUGACCGAAGUGGACGAUGCCAAUACACCUUCACUGUGGCGAGCCCCAGUGAGGCCAGCUGCCCUCAAACCACAGGCCCAGAGGUGGAAGGUCUGAAGGCUAGACUCAGCAUGCUGGAAGUGCUGGUGUCCCGCCUCACCGGGGGUCCUGGCACUGGUGCCACUGCUCAGCAUGAGCUUCAGGAGGCGUUGAACCAAGCUAUGGGAGAGAGAAACCUGCUGCGGGGAGAGAAAGAGCGUCUGGAGAAAGAGGUGGAGGGGCUUCAGCGCAGGAUGGAGGACAUGAGGAGGGAGAUGGAGAGGCUGAGGAGCAGACCGUGUCCUCCACAGACCGCCAUGGUGCCGCAGAGCCACCCACUGCAGGACAGGGGCCUGAGGAGACCCGCUGAUGGCUCCAGCAGCGUGCCUCACCUGAUCAACAGACCUAACCAGCAGGGAGAUACCAGCAGUUUGAGAGACUCGGCGUGGCAGUAUGGAACACAGGGCUUCCAGGAGGUGAAGGCAGAGGUGACAGAGGUUCCCGCGCCUGUUGGCUCCGAAAACACAGGCUGCGGAGAGCUGGUUUCAGUGGGUGAGCCAAUGACUCACAGGAAGGCUGACAACAUAGCGGGUAAAUACGGCGUGUGGAUGCAGGAUCCAGAGGCUGUGUCCCCUUACGGGCCCAGCAUGGUGUGGCGCAUUGACACUGUGGGCUCUGACGUCAGGCAGCUCUUUGGAUAUGAUGAUAUGGAACAACUCUCCAGAGGAUUUCCUUCUAAGGUCAUGCUUUUGCCAGAGUUGGUGGAGAGCACCGGAGCAACUGUGUACCGAGGCUCCCUGUACUACCAGAGGCGUCGAAGCCGCACCGUCAUUCGCUACGACCUGGCAUCUGAAAGCAUCGCAGCCCGUCGAGACCUCCCCCACGCUGGCUUCCAUGGUCAGUAUCCCUACUCAUGGGGAGGCUACACAGACAUCGACUUAGCAGUGGAUGAGCAAGGGCUGUGGGCAGUCUACUCCACCAACAAGGCCAAAGGAGCAAUCGUGAUCUCAAAGCUGGACCCACACAGUCUGGAAGUGAAGAAGAACUGGGAGACCAACAUCAGGAAAAAUGCUGUGGCCAACUCCUUCAUCAUAUGUGGUAAACUGUACACGGUGGCGAGCUACACAGCACCCAACACCACCAUCAACUACAUGUAUGACACCGAAACAAGCCAAGGGAAGGCCCUGUCUAUCCCCUUCAGGAACAAGUACCGCUACAACAGCAUGAUUGACUACAACCCGGCACAAAGGAAGCUGUUUGCCUGGGACAACUUUCACAUAGUGUCCUAUGACCUCAGGCUGCAGCAGACCACCACAGCAGCUCUGAAGUAACAUUUCCUCAUCUGCUCCUCUUUGGAAAAGUCAAAAAGCUUGUACGGCAGCAGUAGUUAAGUGUGAGAUAUCGGCUUAACUACUAAACUGAAGAGGUGAAGAUGUUUGAGGAACAGUUUCACCCUUCAGGUCUCCCCGCCACAUCUUCAGCAGGAGCCCGUUUUGUGCAGAAACCACAGCGAAUUUGAAUGUGUGACAUUUAAUAAAGCAUGAACAAGU